UUUUUGCAUUUCACUGGCAUAACAGUUGAGAAUUUGUGGUUAUUGAUUUAAGUAUAAUUCCUAAUAUGACUGUCUGAGGUUCCUAACAGGCGCUGUGGAGACGGGCGACUGAAUCCAUGUCCUGACUCCUCAAUCUGUCCCUAACUUUCGCCUCGCCGCCGCUUUUCUGGGCUGCAUAACUAAGUCAAUUCACUAAACAUUUGGGAGACUUUCAAUAAUUUCUGAUUCAUAAACUAUGCAUCUUGUGUUUACGACUGUAUCAUUUACUUCCUGAUUCCUUCCUUAUAUCAGCCAUGUUCAGGAAUUUGAUAUUUGGGAGCAUUCGGAGAAAUACAUGUUCCUCUCAAAAGUCCCAUGUGAAUAGAUACUUAGAAGAUGGCCUGUAUGACAUGCAUGAGUUACAUGUACCCAAACUAUUUAAAAAUUACCAUACUAGAUACUUGGUAUGUUCGAAUUACAAGGAAAUGCAAUCUAUUAUCAAGAAUAAUUCGCUUUUGUACGCAAGUAAUAAUGUGAGACAGCAUGCUCAGUUGUUAUGGUGGAGAUAUUCACAGAAACAACUUUACAGUUACUCAGCCUCGCCUAUAGUCAAUAAUCUUGCUAAAGCUUUCAGUUUAGUAUCAAUGAGGUAUCAUGUUAUGACUUAUGGUGCUUUCGGGAUUAUGCUUGGAGGACUCACAAUGGCACAUACAGCAUGUGCAGACGCAGGCUGUUUGCCUUCUAGAAAUUCAGUAUCGGUGUCUGGUGAAGAUAGAUGGUCCCACAUGUCUAUUUUAUCUUCAGCCUUACUAGAUGUUCCAAUUUUGUUAAUCAGAGCUCUUUAUUUAGCUAUUUUAUUCUCACCAAGCAUAAUAAUGGCUCCGUUUGCAGAUAGUUUUGGACCUGGCUUCAGAAAAGUUUGGUUACAUGUUGUUCAACAAACUUUAAGACAAGCGGGUCCAGCAUUUAUAAAAUGGGGUCAGUGGGCAGCCACACGACCAGAUCUUUUUCCUGGUGAUUUAUGUUCUGAGCUAGCACAGCUCCAAAGCAAAGCUCCAGAACAUAGCUAUGAACAUACUAAAAUAACGAUUGAGAAAGCGUUUGGCCGGAAGAUAUCUGACAUCUUCGAAAGUUUUGAGGCUAUACCUGUUGCAUCAGGCAGUAUAGCUCAAGUGCAUCGUGCAACUUUGAAGUUUCAACAUUCUGGUCGAAAGGUUAAGCAGCCAAUUGAAGUAGCUGUCAAAGUCAGGCACCCUGGGGUUAGUGAGUCGAUCAGGAGAGAUUUUGUUCUAAUAAAUGCAGUGGCUAAAAUAUCAAAUGUUUUACCAGCGUUGAAGUGGCUGAGACUAGACGAGAGUGUGCAGCAAUUUUCUGUUUUCAUGAUGUCUCAAGUUGACUUGGCAAGAGAAGCGGCACAUUUGAACCGCUUCAUUUACAAUUUUCGCAGAUGGAAGAAUGUAUCCUUCCCGAAACCUGUUUAUCCUCUUGUCCAUCCUGCUGUGUUAGUGGAGACAUUUGAGCAAGGUGAGAGUGUGUCUCAUUUUGUUGAUGAACUUGGUGGUCAUAACCGUAUUAAAGCCGCCCUUGCUGACAUUGGCACUAACGCUCUUCUGAAAAUGAUGUUGGUGGACAACUUCAUUCAUGCAGAUAUGCAUCCAGGCAAUAUCCUUGUAAGGGUAGCUCAGAACAAGUCUCCUCAAAACCGGCUUAUGAAGUCAAAACCUCAUGUCAUUUUCCUUGAUGUAGGCAUGACUGCGGAACUUUCUAAAAAUGAUCAGGUAAAUUUGUUGGAAUUCUUUAAGGCGGUUGCACUUCGGGAUGGGCGCACUGCUGCUGAGUGCACCUUGCAAUUUUCGAAGCAACAGAGUUGUCCAAAUCCACUGGCCUUUGUUAAUGAGGUCAAAGCGUCUUUUGAUUUCUGGGGUACUCCAGAAGGCGAUCUCAUUCAUCCUGCUGACUGCAUGCAUCAUUUGCUUGAGCAAGUCAGGCGUCAUAGAGUUAAUGUUGAUGGAAACAUUUGCACGGUGAUUGUUACGACCCUGGUCCUUGAGGGUUGGCAACGGAAACUUGAUCCUGGGUACAAUAUGAUGCAAACACUUCAGACAUUGUUAUUCAAAGCUAACUUGGCAGAAUCGCUUGCAUAUACUAUUGAAGGAAUCAUGGCCCCGUGACCAACUUCUUUGCAUUUUCUCAACAGCUUUGGGUAGUCAAACUACCCGACAUUUUUGUAACCAAUAAGACCCAAAAGCAACAUAGGUCCAUUUUCUUAUCAUGUUAACAUCAAUUUUGUCGUACAUAUUCUGAUACUAAUGAAAGAGGUAGGAUGCUUGGGUUGUGGCUGGGAAGUUGAUGGUGAGCACACAAUGGUUUAGAGAAUGAUUCACCAUUUUGUAAAUCGAUUCAUAUGGUUACUCUUUUACUGCUGUUGGGUAGUGAGAGAUUUUCUUCAGAAAUCUAUUCUAUAUGUUUAUAAGAUUAUAUAUCGCGAUACAAAGGCGGCUUAUGUUGGGUCGCCGAUGUUACACAAUUUGUAGAUGCCGGAUGCUUAAGUUUUCUUUCUUUUUCGGAGGAACAGCCGAUCAAUAUUCACUGCCACUGGCCAUGAAUAAGGAAUUUUAAGGUUCUUGACAUAAUUGAACAUGAGGAAUUACACUUGAUGUUAUUUGAGUGCUUGAAUAAAAUUUUUGAAAAAUUUAAUUUUAAAGCUAUGAAUUUUUUGGUGAUUAAUUUUUGAAGGUCAGAUUGUUUAUUUAACUUACAAAUGUCUGAACUUUAUGUGCCAAUUUCUUCUAGAUGUCUAAAUGAACUCUAACAUGUUAACAUUUUGCUUUAGAGGUGAUAAACCUAAUGAUUCGAAAUUCACCCGACCUAGUAAUCGAACCCGAUAUUGGGAAUAUUCUAAGUCCAUUGUCUAGUUACUUUGAUAUUCAGUAGUGUGGACAUUUAGCUUCACUUUGUUAUGUAUUCUUGCAUGUUCAAGUGUCUCAUCUCUUGGGAAUAUUCCAUUACACAAAUUCUUGUGAGAGACGGUAUCUUUGAAAGACCAUAUCUAAACGAGCCAGCCCAUAAAUAAAAUGUUGAGUAAGUUAUUCAAUGGGCAUUAAGGAUAGUGUAGGUGGGCAUAUAAGAUAUCGUAAGUACUGCACGUUUACUCGAUGGACAUUAAGGAUAUUGUAAGUAGGCAUUUAGGAUACAGUAAGUAGGCAUUAAUGAUGAUAUAAGUAGGCAUUUAGAAUGAUGUAAGUAGUUGUAGAAGACAUUUAAUGAUAUUGUAAGAAGGCAUUAUAGAUA